UUUGUGAAGCUAUCCAUCCAAUAACCAAGUAGCUAACCAUCAGGGAUUCAGGGGUUCGGAACAGUUCUUUGCCGCCGUUUUGCCACGUCAUCUACCCGACAAUUUAUAUAUUUCCAGAGAAAAUUUUCAAUCCUUCCCAAACAGAUUCAUCUGAAACCCUAGCUUUCAAUUUCUCCUUCUAUCUCUCUAUAUAUUUUGUACGUAGAUUUAUACAACUACGGAUUAUUACAUACGUACAUAUAUUUAUCUAAGAGAGUAUAGAGGGAAAUGGAUGUUUCAGAUGAACUGUUGGGGACGUUUGUGCCGAUAGUGGUGUAUUGGCUCUAUUCAGGGAUAUAUUCAAUCCUGGGAGGUUUGCAUAAUUACAGGCUGCAUUCCAAGAAGGAAGAAGAUGAGAAGAAUUUGGUUUCCAAGGCGGAUGUUGUGAAAGGUGUUGUUCUCCAGCAGGCGGUGCAGGCAAUUGUUGCCACCAUCCUCUUCGCGGUCACUGGAAAUGAUGGUGAGGUUGCUAUAAACCAGGAAUCACUUCUUGUUCUUGCAAGGCAAUUUAUUAUUGCAAUGGUGGUAUUAGAUACUUGGCAGUAUUUUAUGCACAGGUACAUGCAUCAAAACAAGUUUUUGUACCGGCACAUCCAUUCUCAACAUCACCGGCUUGUUGUCCCGUAUGCUUUUGGAGCUUUAUACAAUCAUCCUCUUGAGGGUCUGAUUCUUGAUACCAUUGGCGGUGCUCUGUCUUUCCUUGCUUCGGGCAUGUCUCCUCGAGCUUCAAUCUUCUUUUUCUCCUUUGCUACUAUAAAGACAGUUGAUGAUCAUUGUGGUCUAUGGCUGCCGGGGAACCUUUUCCAUAUCUUCUUUAAGAAUAAUUCUGCAUACCAUGACAUCCAUCACCAGCUUUAUGGAAGCAAAUACAACUUUUCACAACCUUUCUUUGUGACAUGGGAUAGAAUACUUGGUACUUAUAUGCCUUACGAACUACAACCAAGAGCAGAUGGGGGUUUGGAAGCUAGGCCUACUAAAGAUUGCAAGGACUAUUGACAAUACAUACUUGGUUGUUCUUACAGAGCAAUGCAUGUAUAAUCUUAUAGAUAGCAUCUCUGGUUAUUGCCGGUGGAUCCACCUGGUGUAGGCCCCCCGCGAUUUACAGAAUGCCACGCAUUGUACCAUUAUAGAUUCAGCAGCCUAAAUCCAAAUCCAGAUAACAAUUGACGAAUUGGGAAUACCACCAAACCCAGCAUGUCAACGUAGAAGAAGAGACGUCGAUGGAACUUUAUAGGAGAUGCCGAAAUGAAGAGAUCUGUGAGCCGGCUCUCUGCUCUUUUUCUUCUGUUUGAGGGAUGGGAUUAUGGGAACAGUGUACAGAAAGAAAGGUAUGUUGUUGGGGGAUUGGAACAGUAUACAGAAGGGUCCUUUUUCUCUCUUUUGUUAUCUCAGAAAAAUGAAAAUUGGAAGAAGAUAUGAUUUAUUAUGAUUAUAUUCUAUUAUGGAAAGCUAUGUUGAUUGCACAAAUACACACUUCAAUAUAUUGUGAUGUAUGAGUUGUUAUGUU